AUGCAAGAGGCCGAGACGGAUAAUACGACCAAACUGCAGCGUGAAACCAAUGAAAAAUCGCGGACGCCGACAAUGUAUUGCGAUGUCUCGAAUAUGAUGCUGAAACACGAGGCGGACCACCGUGAACGAGAGAUUCACCUGGAUGCAGGCGUUCGUCUUGUGUUCGACCCAGGAACUGUGCAAAAAUGUGGGUCUGGUCGACGUGACAACCCUCGCCCCACUCGUCCACAUGAGCAAUGCGCCAAACGCAUUAAAUGGGCCACACACCCCCAAACACAGACGCCACACAUGUUCACCAUGAGGAACACCGAUACAACAAAUGUUUCUGUACGAAAAAAGAUUUUCGAUUCCCUGAUAGAUUAUGCACUUAAGUUGUGCCAACCAACGCCCAGCUCUCUUCUAACGAAUCUUCCCUGCACGACUUAUGCAAGUUUUAUACUUCGUGUUGCGGUUGCUGCUGCAGCUGAUGACGAUGAUGAUGAUGAUGAUUCGGAUGAUGAUGAUGAUGAUGAUGAUGAUGAUGAUGAUGAUGAUGAUGAUGUGAAUGAUGAUGAUGAUGAUGAUGAUGAUGGCGAUGACGACGAUGAGCAGGAUGAUGAUGCUGAUGAUGAUGAUAGUGAUAAUGAUGAUGACCACGAUGAUGAUGAUGACAAUGAUGAUGGCGAUGAUGAUGAUGAUGACGAUGAUGAUGAUGAUGACGAUGAUGAUGAUGAUGACGAUGAUGAUGAUGAUGAUGAUGGCGACGUUUAUGGGAUGGCGGAAACUCAGGGAAAUCCUUAG